GGGCAACGUCACAUCUGACGUAAUCAACAACACGGAAAUAGCGGCGAGCUGCAUAACAACACUAAUCGCCAAUCAUCGCUGAGAUAUUUAAUACAAACCCCGUUUAUUCUCGACAGUGAAAUUAUUCAAUGCUGUGCUUUAACUUUAUUUACAUCUAUGGAGAGUUAUUCAGUGCACAAGGUCAUCGGUGAAGGGUCUUUCGGUCGGGCUUUGUUAGUGCAGAGUAAAAAGACUCAGGAGAAGUAUGUGCUCAAGGAAAUACAGUUGCCAAAGAAUGCGUCCAAACUGGAGAAGUCAAGAAGGGAAGCUGUGUUGUUGUCCACCAUGAAGCAUGAGAAUAUUGUGGCUUUCCGCGAGGCAUUUGAAGCUGAUGACCUCUUGUGUAUUGUGAUGGAGUACUGCAGCGGCGGAGAUAUCCUCCACAGGAUCCGGCAACAGAAAACCAAGCAGUUCUGCAUUGACAAUAUCUUGAAAUGGUUUGCUCAGAUGUGUGCCGGUGCCAAGCAUAUCCACGACAAGCGCAUUUUGCACUGAGAUCUCAAGUCCAAAAACAUUUUCCUGACGGGUAACGGCACAGUCAAGCUCGGCGACUUUGGUUCGGCGUGUGUUCUGAACUGUCCAAAGGCGUAUGCUCAUACGUAUGUUGGGACGCCGUAUUACGUCGCCCCGGAGAUCUGGGAAAACAAGCCGUACAACAAUAAGAGUGACGUGUGGUCUCUGGGUUGUGUCCUCUAUGAACUGUGCACCUUGCGACAUCCGUUCCAGGCGCCCAGCUGGAAAAGUCUGAUCUUGAAAGUGUGCCGCGGGGCGUACCCCCCGUUGCCCGGGCACCUGCCCCACGAGUUGCGGCUUCUGCUCAAGCAGAUGUUCAAGACGGACCCCCGAGACCGACCGUCCCUGCGGACCAUCCUGACCUCUCACUGCGCCUCCAGACUGUUGCGAGCGCAUCUGUCCUCCCAGGCGAUCGAGGUGGAGGAACGAGGGAGGCGGUGGAAUCCUGAUGAGGGGAAGAAAGUGCUUCAACAUCUGAGGGAGAAGAGCAUCAUGCAAAAAACAACAUUGGAAGAUGCAGAGCUUCACGGCGAAGACGGAGCACCCGUCCCUCGAAGGCGGUGGGCCGAGCCCUCCGAGACGGCGCUGCAGAUGUUGGCCAACGCCAGCCUCCUGUCGAGCGAUGACAUUACGCCGCGCCUUCCCGACGAGGGCCGGCGGCGUAAAAGAUGGCGGCGAGAGCCUCCGGAGAGGCUGCUGAAUCUUCUGCGGAAAGUCGAGCUGAGUCCAAGCUUCAGCACCUUCGUGAUCCACAAAGAAGGCGCCGGUCCUCUGGCGGGUGCCCUCUCUCAGCCCCCGGGCGACGACACAGACGGCCCCGAACAGGAAGUCGGCGCGGACGAUGACGACGAACGCCUGCGGCCGCGCUCCGAUGACGACGACACGGAUUUUGAGGAAGAAUCUCCCUGUGACUGGAUGGGCCAUUUGGAGGAAGUGCUGAAGCUGUGAAGGAAAAUUUGUCCUCUUUUGUCUAUAUUUUUUUCUGUUAUUCAUUCAUUCAUUCAUUCAUUCAU